UGUUGUGGUCAUUCAUUUGCGAGUAUCUCUAGAAUUCUUUCUCCAAUCAAUAUGUCUGCAGGAGCUUAUGUAGAAGAGGCUAAGUUGAUGGGGCUUGAGGACCCGAUAGCUAUUGUAGAUUACGUGAGUAAACGUCAGGCUGAGGAGCGAGAAGAACGAGCGAGGCAGCGUGAGCGUGAGAAGGAGGAACGGGAAGAGCGGGACAGACAGCGUGAGCACGAGCUGAGACUGCAGCAGCUGAAGAUAGAGGAAGAGGAGAGGAUUCGCCGGCAUCAACUGGAAACGGCUCGCGUGCAGAUGGGGACGAAUGGAGGCUCCCCUGCCCAGGCAUCCACCUUGCCGCGCAUCCGGUUACCUGCAUUUAAAGAAGGUGAGCCAAUCGAACCAUAUAUUCACCGGUUUGAAGAUUUUGCCGAUUUAUAUCAGUUCGACGAAGCCACGAAGAAGCUUCAUUUCCAAAGUCUGUUUGAUGGGAAACCCUUAGAAAUCCUCCAUCGCCUCAACGCGAGUGACAAGACGUACUGUUCGAUGAAGUCAGCAUUGAUGAGGGCGUACGGGCUGACGGUCGACGACGCAAAACUUCAAUUUAAUCGUGCAAUGAUGCAAGACCGAGAGACUGCCACUCAGUUCCUGGUUCGUUUGUCAGGCUACCUUGACCAGUGGCUGGAAAAGGAUGGGACGCCGGACACGAAGGAAGGUAUUAGGGAUUUAGUGUUACGGUUUCAGCUUGAAAAGUCGUGUCCCCAGGAUCUCGUUGCGCAGUUUAAGAUCCACAAGAUCAAGACUGCAGAGCAGAUGGCUGAUAAGGCGGAUGCCCAUUUUUCUGCCUUUGGGUAUCACACUCGCAGGCAGUGGAAAAAGCCGGCCAUUUCACUGGGUCAACAACAGAGGGGAAAGCAAGAACUACUUUUGCAGCAGCAACAGAAGGUUCAUCCCACAAUUCACAAGCAACAGCAUCUGCAGUCGAAAGCACAGCAGAGUGUACCACCACAGCAACAGCGGAAGCAUCCUUGGCGAACGGUGAGUCAAGAAGUUCAUGAUUACCGGCAGAAAGGAGCGGCCGCCUGUGUGAGUGAGGAACCCACACCCCAGCCUCCGGAGACGUCAGAAGCUAGACAACAAACGCCCCACGUGCACAGCAUUUGAC